UGUCUGGGAAACGUCGGACGUGCAGCGCUGCGCGUCCGCCGUGUCGCCUUGCAGGUUGGAUGGUACGACCGCGAGGUCGUCCCGUAUCGCAGGUGUACUGCCUCGAGAAGUGGCGGGUAUGACCCUUAGGUCAUACAUGCCAUUGUCGUGGCCUACAGUGCGCACGACGAGGUUGUUGUUCGUUGCUACGCCCGUUCGCGAGGGUACUGACGAUAGCAUAUGCGGAGAGUUGGAUACGUCCAGCAUGGACGUAUCUUCGAGGUCUGAGUCUGCUACCCGAUGGCGGGUGGAGGCUGUACGGGGCACGUCGGACAUGUAUUGCGGCGUGUCCGCCGUGUCACCUUGUAGCAUAGACGGUACGGCCGUGAGGUCGUCCCGUAGUGCCAGUGUGCUGCCUUGUGAAACGAAGGGUACGACCAUCAGGUCGUCCCGCAACACGAAAGUGCCGUCUUCAUGGCCUGCGGCACGCACAACGACCUCUUCACUGAUCGAUCCUUCGUGUGGGUCGGUCAUGACAGGUCGGGACAAGGCGGGCACGCAGCACCGUGCAUCCGCCGUGUCGUCUUGCGAAGUGGACGGAACGACCGCGAGGUUGUCCCGCAACGUGUACCUGCCGUUUCCGUGACCAGUAGUGCGCACGACGGCCUUCUCGUUCGUCGACAUGCACACUGGCUCGGGUACUAGCGAGAGAACCGGGGAAGGACUGGGUGCGUCCAGUAUGGACAUACCAUCGAGCUUCGAGUUCGCUACGCGACGGCUGGUGAAUGCUCGAUGGGGCACUUCGGACGUGCAAUGCUGCGCGUCCGCCGUGCCGCCUAGCGGAAUAGACGGUACGACCGCGAGGUCAUCCCGUGUUACAGGCAUACCGCCUCGAGAAGCGG